ACGUUUAACUCUUUGCCAUCCUUUUUAAACACUAACCUGGAGCAAAUCAUUAUUAAUACAGGUUUGUUGGUGACAUGACAAUGGCAGAGUGGUUUUCUGUUGGAAAGUAAAAAGUGAUUUGAGUUGGGUUUAAUAAAACAGUGUUCAGUACCGCAGGGCCUGAAUCCUCCAGGCAGCCAUUUUAACAUAAUUGUAGCCGCAUUGACCGGCUGCUGAAUAUAGUUAAGAAGUCCGUUUGAUGUCAUUUUUGGAAAAUCCAUGGUUUUUACCAGAAAGACCGUUGAUUAAGAAGACAUUUCUUGAAUGUAUGAGAUUUUGGCGUUAAAGCUGGCCUCUGGCGUCACAGUCAAUGACGAAGUCAUUAAGGUUUUCAAUGAAAUGAAAGUAAGAAAAUCUUCAACAUCAGACGAAGUCAAAAGGAGAAAGAAAGCUGUGUUGUUCUGCCUCAGUGAUGACAAGAAAAAAAUUAUUGUUGAGACAGGGAAGGAAAUCUUGGUGGGUGACGUCGGUGAAUCAGUGGAUGACCCUUAUGCUUCCUUUGUGAAGUUGUUACCUCUGAAUGACUGCCGAUAUGGCUUGUAUGAUGCCACAUAUGAGACAAAAGAAUCCAAGAAAGAAGAUUUGGUAUUUAUAUUCUGGGCCCCUGAAGGUGCCCCUCUAAAAAGCAAGAUGAUCUAUGCUAGCUCUAAAGAUGCCAUCAAAAAGAAGUUUACAGGUAUUAAACAUGAAUGGCAAGUUAACGGUUUAGACGACAUUCAGGAUCGUUCUACUCUUGCAGAUAAAUUAGGAGGAAACGUGGUAGUUUCACUUGAAGGAAGACCCUUGUAAACUGACAGACACGUGCCAUCUGGAUCCAAGGAGCUUCCUUUUUUGCAGCUCUGUUGAUAUCAUGUGGUCCUAUUGGAAUAGUUCUUAGAUGUUUGUUUUUUCUGUGUUUGUUUUUUCCCCCCACAUGAAGGAGAUCUCAUUAACUACCAGUGAUUACAAUUUAGACUGUUACUGUUGAUAGUUUUAUAAUUGUAGAAAAUGUGGCAAUUCAUAUUGGCUAGCUUAAAACACUGAAUAUGCUUUUUUUAAUGCCUUGAGAGUUUUUUCCAUUGCUCAGAAGGUAGCUAUUAUUCAGUAUUGACUAUUGCACUUGGUUUGUUUGAGGAGUAGCCUGGGUUUGUGAAAUGGUAGCACAUAAUUUUACACUAUGCAUCAAAGGCACUUUUUUGUAAAAUAUAUUUUAUUUAGCCACCUCACAAAGGAAUGCCAAUUGAGUUUCUGCAUUUGUCAUCUAGUGAUUUUAUUACCUCCGUUUUUAUUCCUGUUAUGCAUAUUUUUUAAAAAAAUAGCUAUUCUGUUGCCUUUUUUGUUAUAUGUACACUACUGAAUAAGAAGGAUGGGGUCAAAGUUUACUGUGAUUUUUGCAACACGAAGGACAUAUAAAAUAGUCACAAUGGCAAUUUAUGUAGAGCCUUAAGUGGAUAAUUGUUUUUGAGAUCAGAAAAGUGGCCACGUUGCAAUAAACCUUGUGGCUGACACAGGAA